AUGAAGACUAAAGGUGACCGAGAAGUGACAGUAAUUCCCAUCGAAAUCACACACGACUUGAAUGGCCCCAAACGGGUCUACAAUCUGUAUAUUGAGAGCAACGAGAGGGUGACCGUCAAGUUCUACAAGAGUCUCACAUCCGAUGGUCUUAAGAAACAGUGUUUCGAGGAAUUGGGAUGUUUUUCGACCACAGAUUUCAUCGAAGAAAUAAGAGAUUUGUUGACUUCGAAGAAGAAUUUAGUGGACACUGUAAAGGCGGCGCUCACUUUGAAACAGAUCCUAUCCAUAUGUCCUAUGAAUCCGAUUCACAUGAAUGUCUCGUUUAUCUUAUUCACCAAACAAUCCAACGAAUCACAAGAAUUCCCUUAUAAUGCGGAUACGGAAACGCUUAAAAUGAGCAAGUUCACUCCUGAUAAACGCACAGUUUUUAUAACACAUGGAUAUACUGAUUACUACGAGGAGUGUCCAUCAAGUGGGGAAUGUGCCUGGAUGGCUAAAAUCAAGAAUUAUUUCUUAGAAUACGAUUACAAUGUGUUUGCAGUCGACUGGAGAAGACCCGCAAAUUCAAUCAAUUAUUUCAACUCUGCAUUCAAUACGCAAAUCGUGGGGGCAAUGGUCGCCUAUUUUAUAAAAACACUGAUCAAUACAUUUUCCGUGAAGACAGAGGAUAUCCAACUUAUGGGCCACAGCUUAGGCGCACACGUAUCGGGAUUUGCGGGCAAACGAUUCAAUGAAACAAAGAUCGGACUCAUCACGGGAUUAGAUCCAGCGGGACCUGGGUUCAAUUAUGUGCGACUGGCCCCUAGUGAUGCCAAUCUGGUCACGGCUGUCCAUACCAGUGCCGGAAUAACUAAAGAGAGAGACAAUCCGUUAGAAUCGGUGCAGUUGUUUGGAUUCCUGGGAAACACAGACCCAUUGGCACACUUCGACUUCUGGCCAAAUUCGGGCAAUGGACAGCCCGGGUGUGAAAAAAUAUCUCAAGAAUUUCUCAAUGAAAUACUGUCAAAAGGAGGGGGCGCACUGAAAGAGAGGGCCAGUUGUGACCACUCGAGAGCUCACGAGUUACCGACUGCUGAACAGGCGCUCCGACAGCCAGACUCGUGUCAAAUGAUUGGCUACCAGUGCGACAGUUAUCUCGAAUUUAAAGCUGGAGAAUGUUUGAGUGAACACUGUUUCGAUGAGCUAGGUUGUUUUGAGAGCGGUGACUUUGUGAUUGAACAGAAAAAAUACUUCCCACUCCUCGAGAAAGCAGUUAAUGACAUGAAAGACGACGAGUCUAAGCUGUGGAACAACCAGAUGAUGAUAUGUCCGGCCAAUCCCGAGCACUCAGACGUCCAGUUUAUGCUAUUCACGCCCGACUCCAACCAAAGCGUUACAUUCACAUAUAAACCUGACCCAAAAGUGCUUAAUUCUACGAGCUUUUCGCCAGACAGAAAGACCCUGUUCAUUGUGCACGGAUACGUGGACGGCUAUAAGGGGUGCGAUGAUUACGGGAACUGUCAUUGGAUGGAAAAAAUCAAAAACUAUUUCAUCGCUUAUGACUACAACGUGGUAGCCGUGGACUGGCAUAAGCCGGCCGCUUCACUCAACUACUUUUACUCAGCCUUCAACGCCCGUAUCAUAGGAGCGAUGAUCGCCAAUUUCAUCAGAAGACUGGUCCAAGUGUUUGGUUAUAAACCCAGUGAUAUUGAACUCAUGGGACACAGUCUUGGCGGACAGAUAAUGGGCUUUGUGGGCAAACACUUCAACGAAACAAAUAACACAAUAGGGUUCAUAUCUGGCUUAGACCCGGCCGGCCCUGGUUUCGACACUUAUAGCCUCGAGCACACCGACGCCGACCUCGUCAUAGCUGUCCAUACGAGCGCCGGCCUCUUAAAAGCUGUGGAUAUGUCUGAUUUAUCAAGUUUCAAUCCAUUGGAAGUCAUACAACUACAAGGGUAUACGGGAACUGUCAGGAAUGUUGGUGAUUUUGAUUUGUGGGUUAAUGGAGGCAAUGGACAACCAGGUUGUGAGACGACGUCCAUAAGUUUCCUUAAGCAAGCCUUUGCUGCAGGUCCUGGCGGCCUUUCCGACAAUAUGGCCUGUUCCCAUAUGAGAGCCACUGAACUGCCAUCAGCUGAAAGAGUGUUGAGAGAGCACCGGGAUGAGAAGGACACGUGCCAGUGGGUGGCCUAUGAGUGCAGUAAUUACAUAGACUUCCUCCAUGGUCAGUGCUAUGACUGCGGCCAAGACGGUAAAAAAUGUAAACUACUUGAAUAUAUGCCGGGCUAUUGGCUACAACCCAAAAAUUUAGUGGAUAUCAAGAAAGGCUUUCCACAGAAUCUGUAUCUACAGACCCAGGCCACGCCUCCCUAUUGUCUCUAUCACUACAUGAUUGUGCUACAUACGUCCGAGGUGAAAUAUGUGGGCAGAAUUAAAUUCACACUCAAUGGCAGAAAGAAAGUGGAGUUCGAGAAACCCUUUGAACUCAAAUCCAAAGACCCAAAUACAUACAACUUCUUGUAUACGGAUAGCCACCAUUUGGGACAAAUCACUGAAAUGACUAUCGAGUACCAUAAGACUAUUGUGGGCUCUUUGGUUAAGUACUUGCAGAUUCUUAGGCCCAUGACUUUCAUUCAAAGCAUGUCUGCCAACGACAUCACUAUAUCGGCCAUUGAUGUCAUCUUCAUGAGCCAUAUCGACAAAAGUGUUCGCGACAGUUAUUCAUCACAACUGAUCCCAAACACAAAAGACAUAUCGGGAAAAGGAUUCAAUUUUAUAAUUAAUAAGGAUGAGUAAACAUAAUUUUAAUAUAAAGUUUACAACAAAUACUAUGAAAUAUUAUCAAAUAAAAUUCAUACAAGAAUAAAAUCUUUAAUAAACUCGGUAAGUUUUACACAAAAAUAAAUUCAAAAA